AUGGAAAACUGCGAUGAUUUUGAUUCCAAUGACGUUCAUUCCACUGAUGGUGAUACAUCUGAUGUUGAAUCGAAUGAUGCUAAGAAUGACAAAUAUUCAGUAUCUAGUGGGCAUCAAAGUUCAAAUGACAGUGAUGAUGAUGAUAAUAUUCAUAAUGAUGAUUUGGUUGAAGUAGAUGCAAUUGUAGAGGAUAAAUUGGUGAGUAUUAAUUCCAUUGCUUUUGAUGAAAUUUGUGCUAUGGAAUUGGGUACUGUUAAUGAAGCUUAUGAAUUUUAUUAG